GUAAUUCACGCCGUGCAUUCUUUCGAUUAUGAGAAACUUAAAGAAUUUCAAGUUAAAGUUAGAGCUCAGGAUGCGGGCUCACCUCCAUUAAGUGGAAAUGUUACAGUUCGUAUUAUCAUCCAGGACCAGAACGACAACGCGCCUCAGAUCCUCUACCCAGUACAGACUGGUGGCUCCUCGGUGGCUGAGAUGGUGCCUCGUUCAGCUGAUGUGGGCUAUCUUGUCACUAAAGUGGUGGCCGUCGAUGUGGACUCUGGACAGAAUGCCUGGCUCUCAUAUAAACUGCAGAAAGCGACAGACAGGGCGCUGUUUGAAGUGGGCUCACAAAACGGGGAAAUCAGAACUAUACGCCCGGUGAGUGAUAAAGACGCCAUGAAACAAAGGCUUACAGUUAUUGUGGAGGACAACGGACAGCCGUCUCGCUCAGCUACAGUCAACGUUAAUGUGAUGGUGGCGGACAGCUUCCCUGAAGUACUCUCGGAAUUCAGUGACAAUACUCACGACAAGGAUUACAAUGACAACCUGACUUUUUAUUUAGUUCUGGCUUUAGCUGUAGUGUCCUUCCUCUUCAUUUUAUCUUUAGUAGUGAUUAUAUCCGUGAAAAUCUAUAGAUGGAGACAAUCACGCAUCUUUUAUCAGUCCAACCUGCCAGUUAUACCGUAUUAUCCAACACUUUACUCAGACGCCGGAGGUACAGGAACUUUACAGCAUAUGCACAACUACGAGGUGUAUAUGACGACUGACUCCAGGAAGAGUGACUGUAAGUUUGUCAGACCGGUUAGUCCGAGCGUUUUAAUGGUGGAUCCUAAUUCUGCCGAGAUAAUGGAGCGCACACUGCGUGAAAAAACCAUUAUGGAUGAAACUGAUUUGGUGUAG